UUAGACCUCAUCUCCAUCUCCCCGAUCAAUUAAAUUCCCAAUCUUUGUUACUAUCAAGCCCUAAUUCGGUCGGCAGCGGCGGCGGAAGAAGAAGAAAUCAGAAAUGGGAGCAAGCAGUGAUCCGAACCAGCAAGAUGGUUCCGACGAACAGCAGAGACGCUCCGAGAUCUACACCUACGAGGCUCCAUGGCACAUAUACGCUAUGAAUUGGAGUGUUCGCAAGGAUAAGAAGUAUCGUCUCGCCAUUGCUAGCUUGCUUGAGCAGUACCAAAACCGAGUUGAGAUUGUGCAGCUUGAUGACUCUAAUGGUGAGAUUCGGUCCGACCCGAAACUCUCAUUUGAGCACCCGUAUCCGCCUACGAAAGUUAUCUUCAUACCCGAUAAGGAGUGCCAGAAGCCGGACCUUAUCGCUACCUCUAGUGAUUAUCUCAGGAUUUGGCGAGUCGCCAAUGAUAAUAGUCGGGUUGACAUGAAGAGUCUUCUUAAUAACAACCGGAACAGUGAGUUUUCCGGUCCGUUAACCUCAUUUGACUGGAAUGAAGCUGAGCCGAGGCGGAUUGGUACGUCGAGUAUUGAUACUACCUGUACUAUAUGGGAUAUUGAGAGGGAGACUGUCGAUACCCAGUUAAUUGCUCAUGAUAAGGAGGUUUAUGAUAUUGCUUGGGGUGGGGUUGGAGUUUUUGCUUCUGUUUCAGCUGAUGGGUCUGUUAGGGUUUUUGAUCUUCGCGAUAAGGAGCACUCUACGAUAAUCUAUGAGAGUUCUGAGCCUGAUACUCCUCUUGUACGCCUUGGAUGGAACAAGCAGGAUCCUAGGUAUAUGGCCACCAUAAUAAUGGACAGUGCAAAGGUUGUAGUUUUGGACAUCCGUUUCCCGACACUGCCGGUGGUGGAACUACAGAGGCACCAGGCUAGUGUGAAUGCCAUUGCCUGGGCUCCUCACAGCUCUUGCCAUAUUUGUACUGCUGGUGACGACUCACAGGCGCUUAUCUGGGAUCUCUCUUCAAUGGGUCAGCCAAUAGAAGGUGGAUUGGAUCCAAUUCUGGCUUAUACUGCAGGUGCAGAAAUCGAGCAGCUUCAGUGGUCCUCAUCCCAGCCUGAUUGGGUUGCCAUUGCAUUCUCCAACAAGCUUCAGAUUCUAAGGGUGUGAAUUAGCUAUUCUCGCUCGCACUUCAAGCAGCUGCUCAAGUAUCAUCUUAUUCAGUCUUCCUGCUAGCGACAUUUCUCCAAGUAAAAAUUUUCCUUUUUUUGGCAUUUUAUUCCCAAAAUGAAAAACGAGGCUUAUUACUGACAAUAGUUAAACCUGAAUAGCUUUUGCUAUCUUUGCACCUAGGGCUCUAUUAUCAUAGAAGUAACUGGAAUCCACAUUUUCUGUGGGAUUCAGUUAGUCAGCAUUAUUGUGGUUGGUCUGCAACUUCUGUAGCUUGUAUUAUGUUUAUUGAAAACCGCAAUUGGAGUAAUCAAAUCAUAUGUGUUUUGA